AUGAAUGCUUUUCGAGCUUGUUCAUUGUUAUUAUCAUCAAAUACAUUUCGUUGGGCGAGGAAAAAUUUAGUAUCGAAUAGUAAUAGAAGUACUUUUCGAUCUAUAGCAGAUCGUUUCGGUGUUAAACGCCGUAGUCAACGUUUUUUAAGAAACUAUAUUAUAGCGAACGGAUUGUUAUUUGGUGGAGGUAGUCUUUAUUAUUUUUACUAUCUGACACCAAAAGAAAGACGUCAAAUAAGAGUUUUAUUUGAAGGUUUACAACGUGGAUUUCGAUCAUUUCGAAUCGGUUUUGUUAUUGCAUUUGAUUAUAAAUAUUGUUUUUGGACAGUAUCUGAUACAUCACCAGAAUAUGAAAUAAAACUUAAAGAAUGUCAUAAACGAGCAGCAGCUAGAAUAGCUCAAGGAUGUAUCGAAAAUGGUGGUUUAUAUAUUAAAAUGGGUCAAGGAAUGGUUAGUGCUGAUCAUAUUUUACCAAAAGAAUACACUGAUGGGCUUCGAUUAUUACAAGAUAGAGCUUUAAGAAGACAACGAAAUGAAGUUAGUCAAUUAAUCGAUGAAGAAUUUGGCUGUCAAGUGUCUGAUUUAUUUUCUUCUCUUUCUCCUGAACCUAUUGCUGCAGCUUCUCUUGCUGAAGUUUAUGAAGGUCGUCUUAAAUCAACAAAUGAACGUGUGGCUGUUAAAUUACAAUAUAUUGAUUUACAAGAUCGUUUUGCCGGCGAUAUAUUAACCAUUCAUUUGAUAUUAUAUGCAAUUGGUAAAAUCUUUCCAAAAUUUGAAUUCAGUUGGAUAAUUGAUUCAGUAAAGAGUAAUUUAGAACGUGAACUUGAUUUUAAAUUAGAAGGCGAAAAUGCUGAUAAAUGUUAUGCUCAGUUAUCUCCACAUUUAAAAUUUAUUUAUGUUCCAAAAGUUUUUUGGAAAUAUACAACAAAACGAGUACUUGUUAUGGAAUAUAUCGAUGGUAUUAAAGUUUCAGAUACAGAAAAACUUAAAAAAGCAAAUUUAUCAUUACAAGAAAUUGAUACAAAACUUGUUCAAGCUAUGGCUUUUCAAAUAUUUCAUUCUGGUUUUGUACAUGCCGAUCCUCAUCCAGGAAAUGUUUAUAUAAGAAUAGAUCCAAAAACACCAACGAAAUCAAAUAUUCAAAUUGUUUUACUUGAUCAUGGGUUAUACGUAACAAUUGGUCCAAAAGAUCGAGAAGCUUUAUGUCAAUUAUGGAAAUCAAUUAUAUUGAAGGAUGAAAUUAAAAUGAAAGAAUAUUCAUUAGCACUUGGUGUACAAGAAAAGGAUUAUUUAACAUUUGCUACUGUCCUUUCUAUGCGUCCAAUUCAUCGACCUAUACAUGAUUUAGCAAUAUUACCUGAAGUUUGGGAUCGAAUGUCACCUGAUGAACAAAUAGAAGCACAUACACAAGGAAAAAUUCGUCUUCCUAGUGAAAAAGAAUUUUUAAAUAUGAGUCCACACCAAAAAAUGGCCAUACGUAAAGAUUUUACAGCUAUUUUUAAUGAUAUUCAAGAUAGUAUCGUACGAACUCUUCAUGAUAUGCCUCGACCAUUAUUAAUGAUAUUAAGUGUAUCAUUUCGACAGAAAAUAACUAAAGAGGAAAUGGAUCGUAUACGAUUAAAAGCUCGAGAAAAAAUGGAUGAAGUUAUUGAUGUAUUCAAGCAAUUACCGGACACGCUUAUUCUUGUUCUCAGGAACUUAAAUCAAAUACGAUCAACUAUUCGGGAUCAUGGAAAUCUAAUUGAUCGCCAUACUAUUAUGGCUCGAAGUGCUAUUUUGGGUGCUCGAAAAUAUGAAAGACCACAAAGAUUAUUCAAAGAUCGUAUUUAUGCACGAUUAGAACUGUUUAUUUUUGAUCUGAUACUUUUCAAAGAUCGAAUGGAACGAUGGUUUAAAUAUAAAAUUUUGAAAGUAUUAGUCUUGUUUGGAUAUAUAUCAAAAGAGACUGGAGAGUUGAUUGAAGAAUUCCAAUAA